AUGGUCACAUCACAGAGUGCAGCCAAAGCAGCCAAACUGUCAUCUGUUCUUAUUCUUCUUGACCUUUCUGCAGCCUUCGACACAGUGAAUCACGGCAUUCUCCUGACCACUCUCUCCAACCUUGGAGUAACAGGUUCAGCAUGGCAAUGGAUGGCCUCCUACCUGGAAGGGCGCUCCUACCAAGUGUCAUCUCGCAUCUCAGCAUGUCUGCGAGAUAUCUCACAAUGGAUGUCAGCUCAUCAUCUAAAACUUAAUCCCAGCAAGACAGAGAUGUUGCUCAUUCCUGGAGAUCUGUCUCCAACCCAGGACCUAGUCAUUUCUCUGGAUGACUUCCUGAUUAGACCAUCUGAUAAGGUAAGAAGUCUUGGUGUUGUCCUGGAUAACCAGCUGACCUUCUCUCCUUAUAUAGCCAACAUGACGAGAUCGUGCCGGUUCCUCCUGUACAACAUCAGGAAGAUUCGGCCAUUUCUCUCCAGAGAAGCUACCCAGAUUCUGGUGCAAUCACUUGUAAUCUCUCGGUUGGACUACUGCAACUCCCUCCUGGCAGGAGCUCCCAUGGCCACUAUUAAACCCUUACAGCUCAUUCAAAAUGCAGCUGCCCGUCUGGUCUUUAACCAACCUAAACACUGCCACAUCACCCCACUGCUGCGUUCUCUUCACUGGCUUCCUGUAGCUGCACGCAUUCAGUUUAAAACACUGACGCUCGCCUACAAAGCCAAAAAUGGACCAGCCCCAAGCUACCUUCGGGGUCUAAUCAAACCCCGCUCUGUACCACGCAACCUCCGAGCCUCUAGUCUAGCUCGACUUGAGCCUCCAUCCAGGACUAAAGGAAGACAAGCAUCAAGGCUGUUCUCUGUUCUAGCGCCCAAAUGGUGGAACGAACUUCCUCUGUCUGUCCGAACAGCUGAGUCUCUUGCUGUCUUUAAAAAACGAUUAAAAACACACCUUUUUACUAAACACUUAGGCUGAUUUGUACUUAUUUACUAACACUUUAUUCCAAUCUUUUCCAUUUAAAAAAAAAAAAAAAAAA